CCCAUCCUAUGACCGCCCGGUUUAGCCAAGGAAGGUCCGGUGCCCCCCGCUUGUCAUUUCGAGGCUGACAAGAUAAGAGGACAGCAACAAAAAGUGAAGACGGGGGGACAAGCGCCGCGAGUUGGCUCGGACCACAGAGGACAGGAUUCUAAGUUGAGUGGGUGGACGGUUGGUUUUGUUUUCGGAGGCUCCAACAAUAUGAGUUCUGAGGAAAGACUGGCGCACGAACGUAUAUAAUGUGGGCUAGAGAGAAAAACCAGGAACAGGCCUUUGUUUACUGCUGUGUUGGUCGAGCUCGAACAACCCCACAUCAGGUCGUGGUGCCAAACCUUUCGCGUGUAUUUGGUGGACCAUUUGAAAGCCAUCGGGCCCUUCAAGAAGGGCCCCAAACAGGCUUCGGUAUGCUGAAACGCAAAGAACCUGACCGGAUCGAGAAUUAUGAGAUUCAGGGUCUUCUCGGCCGUGGUGGAACUUCCCAAGUUUAUCGUGCUACCUGUCGACGAGGGAGACUUCGAGGGCGCCAAGUCGCAAUUAAAAUAGUCCCAGUGUCGGCUUUGCCUACUCCGCCUCACAUCUCGCAUCACGUCAGGUCCACCGCACUGCAUGCCAAAUUGCAUCAUCCAUCCAUCAUUUCCCUUCUUUCUAGCUUCCACACGUCUACUGAAUACUAUCAUGUUCUAGAGUUAUGUGCAGCUGGGCCUCUGUCUGGAUAUUUAAUGGGUCGCACAUCUCACAGACUGACAGAAGGUGAAGCCAGGGGGCUCUUGAGGCCAUUAAUCGAUGGUUUGCUUUACCUGGGAAAGCAGAAGGUCGUCCAUCGAGACCUCAAGGCUGACAACAUUCUUCUCACUGAGGACAUGCGGCUGAAACUGGCAGACUUCGGAUUAGCCACUCAGCUGAUGCCUCCUGCUUUCAAGGCCACCACCUUUUGUGGAACACCCAAUUAUUUGUCCCCGGAGGUUAUCGCACAUCGUCCUUAUGAUGCCAUGGCUGAUGUUUGGGCACUAGGCUGCUUUAUGAUAUCUAUCCUUACCGGAAAGCCCCCGUUUCAGGGUCUAACAAUAGAGGCCACUCUUGCAAGAGCGUCAAACGCAAGUUAUGUCCUCCCGAAAUCGUUGUCACCAGAAGCUUCCGAUUUGAUCAGGAAGUUGCUGCAAAUAGAUAGGCUUACACUAUCGGAGAUUCUGGAACAUCCUUUCUUCCACUUAUCUUUUCCAGUCACCACACUAUAUCCAUCUGUUGUGUCCGGGCAUUCCACUCCUUUGGCUGCGCCCGAGAGGGACAUACUAGGAUUGUACACCGCAGAAACAGACCUCCCUUCAACCGAGAUGCGUCCUAGGUCUGCAACCCUUGGUAAUCCUCCGGGUAGACUUAACACCGUCUUUCUUCGGCAAACUGGAAAACAAAAACAUAAGGGCUCGGGCAAAAAUGACAGACAGCUCCUAGAUCGUCCUGUGCUCGGUUCCAUUGAAAAUGCAACCCCCAUACGCCCUUAUUCAGUGGGUACUUGCGGAGAGUCCGUGGCCGCAGGGUGUCCAGACCGCAAGCCACGAAAACGCACAUCCCAGGCGCUUGGUCACGGUGGGGGUCCUACUUCCCACUGGCUCCGCCCAUCGAGGUCUUGCAUAGAUCCAGCAUUCACAUCCCAUGCCCGUUCAUCACGUAACACCCGAACUGUCAAGCGCGUCGCAUCGCUAAAUACUGCCUCUGACUCGGCCAUCGCUGCUCCAAGUGACCCGGGGCUUUACGCUCAAUCUUGCUGGGCUGAGAAUCCAUUGCCACCUGUCGGUGCUCGUAGUUCAUCCAUGUUGCAAACUGCCCCCGUACGGCCCGGUAUGCCUAGCCAAUCAUCAGAGAAGACCACCCGAAGCAAAGAUAAUAGGGAAAAACCUCAUGGUUCUCCAAAUACGCAUGAUGGAGCUCUGCAGGUCCAUGAAGCGAAAGCUAGCCUUCCGGCUCGGCCAGGACAACGACACAAAAUCGGUUCAUUGAAUGUCGCUCUUCCUGACCCGGGGUUGCUCUCGGAGGCUAACGCUAAAACUUCUUCCGAAGGCAGAGGGCAACCAACCCCAAUCGAUCUCACAUUGUUGCCUCCCAAAGUCUACGAAACUCCCCAUGGAACGAUAACUAUCUCCGAUCAACCACGCGAAUUGCUCGUUGACCUGCGAAAGUCGGAACGAGCCGCAGGUAGGGCGGGAAAGGAGGUGUUGAAGAUCAGCGAGAAUGGCAUGAUGGUCACAGUUUUCGAGCUCUUCGGCCAUAACAGUCUUGAGGGCUCGUCGCUCCCUAAACAGUGGAAACUAGACAACCUCCCAAAGAAUUAUCUCAAAUGGUAUCGCUUUGCGGGCCGCUUCAUUGAUAUGCUGAGGAGCCGCACCCCUAAGUUCAUAUUUUUCACGCCUCGUGCAAAGUGCACCGUUAUGUCUAAUGGGCCGCUGCCAGAUGUGGAACUCACCUUUCCUGCUUGUGGACCCGGCGUGAAAGAGACCAAGCGGGGAGCAGCUGUCGCUGAUCUGUUCCCUACCAUGCGCAUUCGAUUGCUUCGUCGAACGGGGCACGUCGAAGUAUAUAGAUCUAUUCACUAUGUCAGUCAACCUACCCUCACUGCCAAUGUCCCAGGCUUUGGGGAAGGGGAGUGGACAAAACGAGUUGCGGCGAUUCCUAAUGGGGGUCACUUAUCUGAAAUUCCCCUCUUUUCUGCUUUUCCGGAGGAGCGCGAGGGCCUUACUCACAUGGAUGAAUGUCUCUCACUGUGCUCCCAACUUGAAUCACUUUCAUUCAGCCACCAUAACGAUAUGGCGAAAACAGAUGAUCGGCCACUCUCACCUCCACUUCAGGAAGAGUUGUGGAAGUCGCUUGCUGAAAGUACCACCUCUUUCGGUACUACAACCCUCCAUGCUGGUGUUUGGGCAGCUCUUCGUGAAUCUUCUGCCGAAGACCAUAACCGGGACCAGCAGCUCAUGCAAAACUCCCCCAAGAGCGCGCUAGUUCGGGAGGUACGCCGUCGGUUGUCCUCAUCUUCCCGUUCCUCUCCACCCUCGGCCUUGAUCCAGGCUUCACGGAACGAAGAAUCGUCUCCUUUCAAUGGACAUUCGAGUGGCCAAUCGGGCCUUGAACACUGGUUUCAACACCGAAGGAAUCAUCUCAAAGCUGGGGGGCCACGUCAUACGCUUCCUCAGCUUCUAACCCCCUCGUCCUUUCAUCCUGAGUCAAAUCAAUCCUCGCUUAUGUCGUCGGGACAUCGCCCACGGGGCACUCAGUCUCCGGAAACUCGCUUUAUUCCUGCAUUGGGCUGGUGUUUGAGAUACAGCGCAGAAGACGGCCACACAAUUUAUAAAGUGAUGUUCCUCGAUGGGACCUCGCUGGAAGUAGACCAAAAUGAUUCUUCCGCUCUUCUGACCGACAGGAACGGUCAAGCCUCCGAUAGUUGCCUCCCAAAUUGCAGCGACGCUUCACUGUAUUUCAUGAGUUUUUACGGCUUUACGAAUAGAGCGAGUGAUUUCUGAGACCGAAUGAGCUUCUAGCCGGCCAAUCCGUGCGUGAUCCUUAGAUUAAGAUCGAAGGAACGGUCUCUCUGUUGCAAUAGAACUAGAUUAAUGUAGGUGCAGAUGAGACAUGUACAAGAGGUGAAAAUGGUGAUCAAAGCGAGCCUGUUGAAGAGGUGGUAAGCAGA